AUGGCUUCUAGGCGCUCAGUAAAAGUUGCAAUUGAUGAAGAAACAAGUGUUACUUUCCUUUUUGAUAUAUCCACGGAAGUAAAACAAUUUUAUGAAGCACCAGUAAUAUUUUUAACUAAGAAUGAUUAUUCAGACACUAUAUUUAACACAAUGUGUUCAAUGCGGGCAGCUCUUUUAGAAGGUUCGAAACCUGAAAUAAUGAAUAUAAUUGUUGACUUUCAUUUAGAAUGGCUACAAGCAAUCAAAGAUGUAGAGCAAUAUUAUAAACGAAUUGAUGAAAUUCCUAGGGAAGAAAUAUUUCAAGCUAUAAGUUACACUAUAGACGCAAUGACAAAUAGAUUAAAAUAUUAUCAAAAAUAUAUGGCAAAAUAUCGAACGUCAUUAUCAAAUGAAAAUCAGGCUAACCUAAUGUCUGAUAUAGAAAUUGUCGAAAAUAUGCAUAAAGAUGUAAUUCUGGUACUUUUAGAAAAAUUAAAGUGCUUUAGAAGCUAUGUCAGUAAUGACGAAUUUAAAAUUAAAGUAAGAGAUGCUAUAGAAGAGCUUCUUAAUUGGAUUGAUAAAAUAUAUGAUGGACUAUCGAUGCAAUUAACUAAAUAUAUAAAUGUCCAUGUUCCUCAUAUAACUGGAGAUUUAACUAAAACAUUACAACAGAUUGUUGAAGAUUUACAUACUUCUAAAUCUCCUUCGGUCCAAAAAUUGUUAGAAAAUUUAAAAGAAAAAGGUAAACAACUAAGUUCAAUGAUACGAUGUACUGCCGUUCAUAGUCUGGAAAUAAGCAAGGUUGUAGAAAAAAUAAACGUCUUGGAAGAUCGUAUAUCCAGAUUAGAACAUGAACCAACCUCAGCGGCUUUAAUGGCUUUGAAACAUAAAAAAGAAUAUUUAGAAAAUAGACUUGUAUCUCUUGAAACUUUAAAAACUACUUUGAAAAAAUUGCAAGAGCUGACCGGUACACAACUGGAAGAAAUAGAAGAUGAAAUUUGUGUUUGUGAGGAUUUUUAUCAAUUACGAAUAUUUAAUCAUGCUCUGCCAAAUGAAGAACGGGAACGCUUAGUAACAGAACUGUGUUAUAUAUGGGACAUAGCCGUUUACGGUGAACGUAGUCACAAAUCUAUUAUUUCUAUUCUUAGUGCCGCAGAUAUAAAAGAAGAAUUUACUGACGAACUUGGUACUUUUUAUGUUGAUGAACAUAGCCGAAAAAUUUAUAAGCUCCCUAAUGAUGAGACUCUAUAUCAACCAAAUGAGCAUAACUUGCUAGUACCAUUAACUGAUGAUAAAGAUCAUAUAUUCUUUUAUGAUGAGUGCGGGAGAUAUUUUAUUGAUCAACAAACGCGACAAAGGGUUUACAAAGCUCAUGAAACUGCUAGUGAAUAUAUGAUGGACAGUUCUGGUGUACUUUUAAAGACAAAAGAAGAAAGAGAUGGAGUAAUUUAUUAUUAUGAUAAUUAUGGUCGCUAUUAUAUAAAUAACGAGGGAAAACAUAUUUAUCGUGAUACUGAUUCAGUUAGCGAAUACGAAAAUGACGGUUUAGGAAAUCUUGUCCGAAUUCGGAGCCAUUUGGAUAUAUUUAAACCUUGUCCAGAUGACGUGCCUGUCACCGAAGAUUUUAAAUAUCUUAAAAACACUGUAGGAAAAGCGUUACGUGAAUGCAUUGCUGAUGUUAUUUUGCAUCAGCCAGCUGAUCCAAUUAAAUAUUUAUCAUCUCGUUUGGUUAAAUAUAGGCAAAAUAUGGAAUUUAAGGAAAAAUUAGCUCAGGAAAAUGAAGAAUUAGAUAUUGAAAGAGAAAUUAAAAUUGGUGAAGAACGUGCUGCAGCUGAGCGUGCAGCCUUGCAGGCCGCUCUUUUUACCCAAGGUGGAAGUGAAGCUAGCUAUGAUUCUAAUUUAUUGAAAUAUACUUCUAUGCGCCCUGAUGAUACUAUGUCUGCAACUGCUAGUUCAAUUCAU